GCUAAAUAUUGCUACUCUCCUAAACACUCUAACUACCUGAGUUUACGUCAGAGCUCCCAGGGCGAUCAAGAUGCUUGAACGCUUCAUAAACCCUUUCUAUCCUCCCAUCGAGGAGCGUCUGCCGCUACCGAUCCUAUAUACGCCCGGGGCGUUCGUAGUACUGGUGUUCGGCUAUGCAAUAGGACCCGGUCCAAUCCGGAUAGCUGCCAUCAGCUUAUUACUAGUCCUCUUCGCUCUUCAGAGACCAUACUAUACCGUCGGUAACGCAGCACAGGACUACGGUCUUUCCGGCUGGUUCAUCGUUUUCUUACUAUUGUUCCUAGACUUCAGUGUUACGAACCCGCGCUGGAUAGGCCGAAUAGAUGAAUCCUCAUCGAGAAAAGAUAGCAAGGGUAUCACGCGGCAUGAUCCCAAGAUAUGGCCACAGCGCCUCGCGUGGGCACUCCGCCUAGCCGCGACUCUACGUGGUAUUGGCUGGGAUUGGCAGGUCAAAAGCGUGCCGGAGCAUCUGGAGCCAAAUGCGCCACGCUUACAAUUUGUCGGCAAGAGGGUACUGGACCUCGUCGUACAUACUUUGGUGAAGUCAAUAGCUCUUUACAGCAUCGGGUUCUGCGAGGCAAUCCAGCAGAAAGCACUAUCAUCAUCGCCGUGGACUGGUUGGCUUCUUAGAGUUGUUGAAAACUGGUGUGGCGCAAUAUGGUCCUGGAAUACGGUCGGUAUUGGGUACGCGGCCAUAUCGGUAAUUGCCGUCCUCCUAGGUAUCUCUGAGCCCUGGGAGUGGCCACCAAUGUUGAAUUCGGUGGCGAUGGCUACGAGUGUGAGGAAGACGUGGAGUGUUGCAUAUCAUCAACUCUUGCGUAGGACCGUACAGCAACCCGGUAUCAGACUCGCACGACUCCUUGGUUUUAAGAAAGGCUCUAUCCCUUCUCGCUAUGUUCAACUUUAUUUAGCAUUCUAUAUCAGCUUUUCUAUUCACUGGUGGCAGCAAUAUGUGAUUACACGUGGGGAUAAGGGAGAGUUUGCCUUCUUCAUGAUACAACCCGUAGUUAUUACUCUUGAGGAUUUUGUUCAGUGGGUUUGGAGAAAUGCCAUAAAUCCUAAGCGAAAGCAGGAUCUUCUCUGGUGUGAGCUUGCUGUUGGCUAUGUGUGGACGUUUACCGCUUUCGCUUUCACCUUAACGCCUUUCGUAAAGGGGAUGGUAGCAACAGGAAUUAUUGGGGGCAGUCCGGAGGAGGCUAUGGCGAUGUCACUUGGGCAGAGACACGGUGCCAAAUACUUACAGCAUUGAUGUUAGGUCGACCAUGUGUCACACCGGGUAUUAUUAAGCAAAACGAUGAAGCCAGUCAGUAUCCUUACUACUUGUUAUGAGGUGGAGCAAGAAGCAUAGAAACAACUCCGUUGUUCAGUGAGGAACUCUAAGCAGGUACCUGUUACACCUCCUGACAUUUAUGGGAACUGUUUAUAGUUGAAUAACACCGUAUAAGUCUUAACGCUCUUAAGAUAAUUUGGGCGAGCCAUGAUGUGGC